GCCGAAAACCUGUUCACUACUCACAUAAGUAUUAUUCACGUCAUUGUAACUUGAAUACAACAGAGACAAAGAGAUUGUACAUAGGCGUGGCAUGAGAGAACAUAGUUUUAUUGUACCAUUAUUAUAAUAGGCUAUGUUGUAAUUUUAAAUUAUCUAAAAAAUUAAUGAAAUUUCAAUUUUAUAGUAUAGAUUAAGAAAUUCGAUCAAUCGUAAUCAUACGUAAUAUUUCUAGGAAAAUUCCCAUGAAAUUAUCGCUUGGAGCAUAACAACACCAUGAAACCAACACACUGAUGAGGAUGGAUUACACUACUAUAGCAUUUUAUAUACGUGUACAAUCGACACGUCAUGGCAAUGGACGGUUUGAUGACGAUGGUGGGGGCUUAAGGAGGGGCAGAGAGAAAGAGAAAGUGGCAAGAAAAUAAUAGAAGAGAACGAGAUGGAGAAGAAGUCUGCACGGACAUAGCGUGUUCAGUCAACCUGGUGGCGCUGGACAACCAACUGUCGGCAGUGGAGAAACUGUUAGCCGACUUCGAAGAACUCACAGUUCGGUGCAGGUGUUGUCGAUCGUGUUGUUUCAUUUUGGAUUAUAUACGUGCAUUUGCCAUAUUAUAAUUUCGAAAAUCUAAAAACGUGACUAGUGCGUAAAUCUUGUAUAAAGUCUUUCACUUGGGAACACAAUGGUCAGCAAGGAUUCGAAAAUGGUCACUCCGGAGAUGGCAAAUCCUUAUCUUAAACCGCCGAGUAUGUCAACCAGCCAGUCUUUAAAGACUUUUAUUUACAAUCGUGAAACUGGUGCCUUUUUAGGCAGAACAGCUAGUAGUUGGGGUAAAAUAGGAUUGUUCUACUUGAUAUUUUACGGGGUACUAGCCGCACUGGUUGCAAUUUGUUUUUGGGGAUUUUUUCAAACGUUGGAUCCAAGGAUACCGAGAUGGCAAUUAGAACGUUCAAUAAUCGGAACGAAUCCUGGAUUAGGAUUUAGACCACAACCACCAUUAGAGAACGUAGAAAGUACGUUAAUUUGGUACAGAGGAACCGAUAGCGAGAAUUUUAAAUAUUGGAUCGAUUCUCUGGAAUCGUUUUUAAAAGAUUACAUAACGCCAGGUUCGAUUCCUGGUCUUGGUGCAAAUAUCAAUAAAUGUGAUUACAAUCAACCACCACCUCCUGGCAAAGUCUGCGAUGUCGACGUUAAAAAUUGGUAUCCUUGUACUAAAGAGAAUAAAUAUAAUUACCAUAAAUCCGCUCCAUGUAUAUUUCUUAAACUUAAUAAGAUAUACGGUUGGAAACCAGAAUUUUAUAACGACACGAAUUCCUUACCUCAAAACAUGCCGAUCGAUCUCAAAGAGCACAUCACUGGAUUAAAAAAUACUUACCAGCUUGACACAAUUUGGGUAUCUUGCGAAGGAGAGAAUCCAGCAGAUCAAGAAAACAUAGGACCAAUUGAAUAUAUCCCACGAAGAGGAUUCCCUGGUUAUUUUUAUCCUUUUGAAAAUUCAGAGGGUUACCUCAGUCCUUUGGUAGCUGUUCAUUUCGUCCGUCCUCGCACUGGAAUUUUAAUAAACGUAGAGUGCAAGGCGUGGGCGAGAAACAUAAAACAUAGCCGCCAUGACAAAAUGGGCGUAGUCCAUUUCGAAUUGAUGAUAGAUUAACAUCGUCUACAUACGUUUCUCUGGUCUCUCCUUUGUUAGCGUACAGAAAUUCAAAGCGAAUCUCACGUUUUCUCACUCUUCCACAUAGCUAAAUACUUUUAAAACGAUUUACCAAGUCGUUAGAAAUCGAUGACCGCUGCCAAAUGUGGAAGAAACUUUCAUCAAGUACAAAGUUAAAUGGAUUUUUGAUGUUUGUACCAUUGAAAAUCCGAUAUCUAUUAAAUUUCUACGUAUCGAGGGAAAAUAUAAAAUUUGAAACUUUUGUUUUACCGUUUUAUGUUCAUAUCUUACUUUUAUUAGAUAAAAAGAAUGACUUUAUGAAGAAAAAGAAUAUAUUUACUUUGUAUAUUUAUUUUGUAUGUGAAGACAAUCUCAUUUUAUUCGUAAUUGUAUAUUUUACAAUUAAAUUUUAAUAAUAAAUAUAGACUAUCGUUUUUUCUCGGUACUGUAGCUGAAUAUAAUAUUUCGUAUUUAUAUUAUAUUCUCAAUUGUAUAAUUAACUUAUAAUUAAUGCAGAAAUUUUAUCUUACUUCAGAUUCUUCAAUUUCGGUUCAAAAAUUUUUGAUCCUACAUUAAUUUUGAUUCGAAUAAUGAUUUUUAUAAAUUAGAUAUACAUCUUAUAAAUAAUUGAGAUCAAUAUUUAAAACGAACGAAUAAAUACAGUGUCUUACAAAUAUUCAGAUAUAAUUGGACAAAAAUUGAUUAGCAUAAAAAAUGAUGUAAGAUUUAGAUAUAAUUAAUUACAAAUUUGGUAUUUUUCUUUAUCAUGAAAACUCAUUAUAUCUAUUGAAAAUAGAUCUCUUAAUAAACAAAGUAACAGAGAUGAUAUAUAUCUCUUAUCUUUGUAUAUACAUUAUAUAUAUAUUGCUUCUGAAAUAUGUAAAUGUAUUAUAAUUGUGUAUACAUAUAUUUUUAUAGUUAAGACUAUCUUCUUUUAAAUUAUCAUUUUUAUCAUUUAUUUAAAAUAAUAUUUUGAAAAGGAAAGACUUAAAAAUCUCUUUUGUCAAUAAUAAAUUCUUUGAGAAAAUUUAUUUCAGAAAUUAAAUUUUCACUAUUCAUUAUUCAAUCUUAAUAAAUUUUUUUUCAUGUUUUAUGUUUUAUGUUUAAAUGCAAUUGCAAUUAUUUCAAUCGAUCAGUGCAUUUAUUGUUCAAAAUUGUAACAAAAUAAUAAACUAUUAUUAUAGAUAUUUUUAUAAUGGCAA